AAUGACAGCUGACAGGAAAAUAAAAACAAAAAGGGUAGUCGAUCGAUAUUGAUUCUGAAGAAAGUUUGUAAAAACACCCGGUGAAAUGCGUGAAGCAAAAAUGAAUUCGCAUCUGGCUGGAGGGCGACUUAAUGUUGCGUUAAUCCAGGAGUCUAUGCGAGCCGAAUUGCUGAAUCUGUUGGAAUUAUACAAAGGGCCUAAAGUAACAAUAUGGGACGAGUGGCUGGCCGGUCCCAUAGGCCUGGUAGCCCAAUACUCCUUGCUAAAAGACCAUGGCGUGACAGAAAUGUUCCCGCUGAAGCCGGGCAGCCUCCCCACCAUAUCUGUGAAGCAUAUUGUGUUCAUAGCGAGGCCUAAACUUGUGCUGAUGGACUUAGUUGCUGAUUAUGUGCAGUCUCUCAGAUCAAAACAAUCUACCCCAGUAGAAUUCCACCUGUUCUUCGUCCCGAGAACGAGUGAGUUCUGCAAGAUACACCUGAAGAACCGAGGGGUGCUGGCGAACCUGUCCAUCCAGGAGUUCAAGUGUGACAUCUUUCCUUUUGAAAGUGAUGUCAUGUCUUUGGAACUGCAGAAUGAUUUUAGAGAGAACUAUCUAGAAGGUGAUCCGACGUGCGUGUACAACGCUGCGCAGGCUCUGCGAACUAUACAGCAACUGUACGGCAUCAUACCGAGGGUGUUCGGCAAGGGACAAGCUGCUAAACAGGUAUGGGACCUCCUCUGCCGCCUGAACAAAGAGGAACAAGGGCAAGGUCCUAGGGGCGCUGCCACGUCUUGCAUAGACCAGCUGCUGCUUCUGGACCGCGCGGUAGACUUCACCAGCGUGAUGGCAACGCAGCUCACAUAUGAGGGACUUAUUGACGAGAUCUACGGCAUAAAGAACUCGACAGCAACGUUCCCUGGUCACAAGUUCGUAAGCCCAGACGAUGCCAGCCCCGAGGUGACCGCGCGUGAAAAGAAACGCAUCAUACUCAACUCCAGUGAGGAACUGUUCGCUGAGAUCAGGGACUGUUACUUUACUUCGGUCGGUACAGCACUCUCUAAGAAAGCCCGCGUCAUAAAGACGCAGCUAGACGAGCGACACAAGGACAAGUCGGUGCAGGAGAUCAAGCAGUUCGUGUCGCGGCUGCCGCAGAUGUUAGCCAGCAAGCAGUCGCUCGCCACGCACACCGCCAUCGCCGAGUAUAUCAAAGAGACGACAGACACAUUCGAGUUCCACGACACGGUACAAUGCGAGGAGGACUUUCUGAACUGCGUGGACAACGAGAAGGCGUGCCCCUACAUAGAAGAUCUUAUCGCGCAGAAGGAACCACUUACUAAGGUGCUUCGCCUAAUCUGCUUACAAUGCGUAACCGGUUCAGGUCUGAAGCCGAAGGUUCUAGAAUACUACAAGAGAGAGCUAGUCCAAGUAUACGGGCUGAAUACGUGGUUGACGCUCUGCAACCUGGAGAAAUGCGGGUUGCUCAAACCACAGCAGGGGACGAGGCAGUAUGCUGUGCUUAGGAAGACGCUGCACCUCACCAUGGACGAGACAGAGAUGAACGCGAAGGACAAGAGUUACCUGUGCAACAAGUACACUCCCCUCACUGUACGCCUCAGCGAACAUAUCGCCAAGAAUAAGGGAUGGACUGGAAUUCAAGAUGUGCUCGGACUACUCCCAGGGCCUACAGUCGAUGAAUUACAGACGUUACAACCACGCAUGGCCCGUCGCAACUCCAUCUCCAGUGAAAACUCUUCCUCUAUGGAGAACCCUCGCGUUAUACUGGUCUUCUUCAUAGGAGGCUGCACCUACCAGGAGAUCUCCGCUCUCAGGACCAUCAGUCAGCAGGAAGACUCCAAUGUGGAAUUCGUUAUUCUGACCACCAAGCUCAUUAAUGGCACUACCUUCAUAGAAUCUUUGAUGGAAAAUGAGUAAAUGUAUUAAUAUUAUUAUUCAAUAUAGACUAUUAUAUUUUUUAAUUUUAAUAUAUCAAUGUGUAGAUAGUAGAUAUGUAUGUCUCAAUAAUGUAAUUCCAUAUAUAUUUAAGUGAUAAUGUAACUUCAUAUAUCAAUUAUUCAAGAAAACCCAAAUAGUAGUUUAAAUAAUCUUUUAAUUCUCAUGACUCCACACAUUUCAUGAAUACGGAAUAAAAUUAAACAUGAACCAUAAAUCUUGGUUUAUUAAAAUUUCAUAUUCAUAACUUGCAUAUAAUAUAAACUUCAAUUUGA